ACUGCCGUCGAUGGUUGAGUACAUCGCUCCUGCGAUUGAAAAGGGUUUAGCAGACAACCAAAGUUAUGUUAGGGGUUUGAGUGUAAUAGGUAUAGUGACGGUAAACGCAAUUUACGCUUUGAACGAAGUCGAGGCGAAAAUCGGCGGUCUGCUCGUCACUCGCGAAUUGAUCGUCAGCCUCCUCAACAGGCUUAAAGAGUUCAGCGAGCACGGCCAAUGUGCAGUUUUAAAUUUGUUGCUGUCGUACACUCCGGAUGAAGACGAACGCUUUGACUUCUUGAACAUUCUUGACAACAAAUUAAAAACUUCUUCAGCUGCAGUGCUGCUAAGCUGCGCUCGCUGCUUCUUAAAUCUUUCAAAGGCGAACGCGGAGGGUUUUAAAGAAGUGCUGGCUAAGGAGUAUCAGCAGUUUUUCUGUCGAUAUAACGACCCCUCGUAUAUCAAAACCCUCAAGCUCGAGAUAUUAACUUUAAUAGUAGACGAGGCGUUAGGCGAGCACUGCACCUUCGAUGUUCGAGACAAAGCGCUGUUUAUCUACAGACUUAUGAAGGCAGACAUUGAGGCGGCUAAGACAGUCUUUUCUACGCCGUUGCCCCCCAUAGAUGUUGUCAGAAAGGAGGUGCCGGCUGGUUUUGAAGAAGCAGUAAUAAGAGAUUUCAAUACUCUCGCUGCGGUAUUUGUUGGAUUUGUCUGCGACCGGUCGGCCUCGCCUCAGCAAAUGUGGGAGGAGGCGAAGCCGCUGCAUAGAGCUGAAUUCAUGCAGCAGCAGCAGCAGCAGCAGCAGCAGCAGCAGCAGGUUAUGCCGACGCUGGAGCAGCUCGAAGCAGCAGCAGCUGAAGUGCACAUCGCUACAAUGGCGAGCGGGGUGAUAGAAAACGAUGUGCUCAAACUCUUUCUCUACGCCACCGAUGAAACGAACUUGAUAUAUCUGUGCGAGUUGUUGGUGCCGCCUUCUCCUUUUUCGCUGCAACUUCAAAUACGAAUGAGUCCUAAAGAAGACAAACAAAGAGCUGAAGCUUUCGCUGAGUUGUUAGUUAAAACCCUAAUCAACAGAGGCCUCGUUACUCUUCAAACGAUAAAUCACCGCUUGCUGCAAAUCGACUAA